UCAGUUUAGUAUUUUAAAAAAAGGUAACGCUAAGCACCAACCUAAGCUCUUUUUAAAAAUAUUAUUGAUAUGAAAGUUUUUGUAGAAAUAGUUUAUAUUUGUUCUAUUUUUAUUAUAACUGUGAUUUGUGGUGGCAGUGAUGUUUCCUCCGUUACAGUUACAACCCCACGUGCAGUUACGUUUACCCCAUCUGGGGUUGCCAGAUGUACACAGCCACUAGAUGUUGGCUUUCCAUGUGACGAGUUCUCAACACCAGUUGAACUUUAUCAUUUUAGUACAACUGAAGAAUUUUGCGAACCAUUCGAAUAUUUUGGCUGUGGUGGAAAUGACAACCAAUUUGACAGUUUUGAUGCUUGUGACUUAUUCUGUAGUUUCCAAGGACAUCAUCGUCCACUGACCAGUCCUUGAUGAAACAUCGGAUC